AUGAUUUUUUCGAAGAUCAAAAAUCCGUUUCAGACCAACAGCACAAUCGAACAAGAAGUAAAAGUGAUCAACAAACCGGAAUUAUCUGGCUCUCUGAAUCCGAUUAUACGGCAUAUACAGCAGCACAUGUUUCAACACUUCGAGGACACUUUCCCUCAUGGUGGCAUGCACCAACAUGAGGUAGGCUUUCAUCAAGAUGCCGUCUAUCAACACGAAGGUGGCUAUCACCACGACGGAGGCUAUCACCACGACGGCGGUUUUCAUCACGACGGCGGCUAUCACCACGGUGACGUCUACCAUCACGACGGCUUUCAUCAUAGCCUUGACAAUCACCACGGGGGCCACUUGUACGUUGACCACAGCGUCCAGCAUUGGCCGUGGCAUAUGUCAAUCCAAGAGGAGCACUUACAUGGUUGGCAUCACUUGUGUCAUGGUGCUAUGGUGGGCCACCAUUCCGUUCUUACCAAUGCCGAGUGCGUCUACCAUAAACCGUUACCUUCUUUGCGCGUUGUCAGGCAUAACUUGAUCGACAAAGUAAUCACGCUCGACAACAGUUCCUUCAUCACGGCUCGUAUAAUACACCCGAAAUAUAAAGACUACGUUCACCAUCACCACCCUCAUGACCACGGCCAUCACGUGAGUCAUCACAAUCUGGCUCUACUCCACCUUCACCACGGCAUGGGGGUUAGACCAAUUGGUUUCCACGGACACCACGGCGGACAUGGGCACGUCCAUGGGCACGGUCAUGACCACUGCUCUACCCCACAUCAUAAUGCUGUACAAUUCAUUACAAACGAGGAAUGCGACUACCAUUUUGGAGAUGAACACAUUGGCAGCUCUCAUGUGUGCGCUUACGGCCUUCCGUGCGAUAUUCAUCAUCAUCAUGGCUCUCCCCUGGUUUGUUCCCAUCAUGGACACAGUCCGUAUCUGGUUGGUUUAUCUUCGUAUCAGCAUAGCUGUGGACACCACCAUCCGACUGUCUAUGAGAGAAUUGCGCCACAUACCGAUUGGAUAACAAGUCAUAUUAAAUAG